AUGGACAUCGUAGAUCUCGACUACGAGGAGGAGCAGUCCGCCGACCCCCUUCUCCCCACUUCAUCAUCGUUGAGACGCGCCCCUCGCCUUACUGUCAAGUCUUGGAUCCGUUCGACGGGCCGCUCUGUCGCACGGUAUUUUCCUGGCAGACCUAGGAUCCGACGCAAGACCUGGUGUUUUCAUUUCUCUGUUCUCUUCGGCUUCCUCUUCUUCCUCCUCAUCCUCCUCCCUUUCCUCCUGCCUACCUACGCAAGACCCCCUGCCCACUUCUCCCGCCUCGACAAAGCCUGCCGCACCUCCAAGCCGGAGGAUGGAUGUGCCAAUCCUAGUAAUGAGAAGGUCUUCAUUACCGUCGCCCUCUACGAUCCGGAUGGCAGCAUUGCUGGUGGCAAAUGGGGCCAGUCCGUCCUGGAUCUCGUCCAUCUCAUCGGCAAGGACAACGUUUACAUUAGUAUUUACGAGAAUGACAGCGGAGACCCAGGUCGCAACGCCCUUGACAGCUUCAAGUCCCAGCUUGCACGUCAGGACAGGACCGACUUCGUCAUCGAUGAGCAUGUCCCCGUCGACGACUACUUUCCCACAAUCACCAUUCCAGGCGGCUCCCAGGCUGUGAAGCGCCUUGCCUACCUCUCGGACAUGAGAAACCGCGCUCUGCGUGCUGUUGACUUCAAGGACCCCGACAACCCCAUUGAUGAAUUUGACAAGAUGCUGUUUCUCAAUGAUGCCAUGUUUGACCCUGUCGAGGCGGCCCAUCUUAUUUUUGACACCAAUGCUGCCGAGACGAAGGAUGGAAAGGCCAAUUACUUGGCUGCCUGUGCAGUAGAUUACAACCGAGUCCCGAUUGUACAGUAUGACCUGUACGCCUCGCGCGACGCUGAGGGCUACGCAUGGGGCUUCUUCAUCUUCCCAUACUUCAGCAGUGCUGGUAAGGGCAUCUCACGGAAGAAGACUCUGGCUGCGAGCGACGCUGUACCUGUCAGGAGCUGCUGGGGCGGAAUGGUCGCCGUGCAGGCAAAAUGGGUCCAGGACUCGCUCACGAUCGGCAAUGCGGAAACUGUUCCCUUCAAGAAGAUCACCAACUAUACCAUCGACCCAGACAAGCCUCACAACGUCACCACGCCGGUUCGUUUCCGGUACGAGCCCGAGAUGUUCUAUGACGCUUGCGAAUGCUGUCUCUUCCUGGCUGAUUUGAGCGCUGUGGCCGCCCGCGAUGGGGAAUGGGCAAUGGGCGACGGUAUCUUUGUCAACCCAUACGUCCGUGUCUCCUACAAAGAGAGAGCCUUCAAGUGGCUGCGCAUCGUGCGACAUUGGGAGUGGCUUCUCACCAUCCCCCAGUAUCUGGUCAACACCUUCGCCAACCUGCCCAAGAACAAUCCUCACAGGGAGGUCGUGGAAGGCCAGCCCUUCAAGGAGGAGAUCUGGAACAUCAAGGAGGAGAGAUGGGACAUGGUAGACAGAAUUGGCAGGAACGGCAUGUUUUGCGGCGUGAGGGAGACGCAGCUGAUUGAGCCGGGGAGGCGUGAGAAGGAAGGGUUGAACUGGAUGAGUUGGGAAGAUGGGCCUUGGGACAGCCAGCAAUUGUAUUUUCCCCACUAA